AUGGUGGUUAUUCAUGGCCUUCAAGCUUUCAUCGCUCCAUUUUCUUGCGACGUGGAGAGGAUGACCUCGCUCUCGUUCCCGUUCCAUCCAGAUCAUCGUUCUGGUCAACAUAUUAAUACUUCCGGCUCGGUGCAGCCUGCUAUCAUGCGCCUGAUGCUCAGAGAUGCCAUGCUCCGUAACAAUGGCUUCAGCAUCCUAGCCCUCCCUAGAAAGGUGAAGUACGCCGAGCUUGUGACUCUUAACAAUAUGACGGUCUUCGCCGUUGACGACCUUUCGAUCUUCUCCGGUUCUCACUCUUAUAUCAGCAACGUCAGGUUCCACAUUGUGCCAAACCAAACCAUUUCUUGUGGAUCGCGGAUCUGGAGAAGCUUCCGGCGGGGACUGUUCUGCCGACAUUGGAACGAGGCCAACCGCUGCUUAUCACAACCUCCGGUGCCGAUGAGGAUUAAGGUGCCGGACGUCAUCCGCAACGUCAAGAUCGUGGUGCACAGUGUGUACUUGCCAUUUCCACAUAUAUAUAUUAAUCCUGUGGCUGCGGCUUACGACAGUAUCCUAGGAGGAUCAGAAGUCUCAGGAGGAGAUCAGACGAUGGAAGGAACGUGUGCUGCUCCGGGUGGGCAUGGAGGUUGUGGUGAGUCCCCGAUGCCUCAGGUCAAGCCAAUGGUGGAGAUCGAGGAUCACCAUGGCCUGGUCUAUAAUACCCAAAAGAACGGACUCAAAGCGCCCUACCUUACUUAUGGGUCCACAUUCUCAAUGAAUGCCGAAACGACUGCCCUAACAUCUAUUUCGUCAAGAUUUUCCACUAAAGGAAUAUAUGGGAAAAAAGCCCCAUCCGAAGAAGGGGAACUGGCUGCUUCGUUUAGGUCUGGCAGAAGAAGGAGUUGGUAUGGUGAUGGUGACAAUAACCUUUUCUCAUAA